AUGGCUUCUUCCGUACUCUCUGUAGCUUCACACUCUGCUUCACUUCCAUUGCAUGAUUCCACCAUCAAGGGAAAGAUCAAUUUUGGAAUCAACGGUUUGAGCUUUAGCAAGUCUUCUGGUCGGAUCUCUAUGGUUGCUGCGGUUAAUGUUUCUCGGUUUGAGGGUAUACCGAUGGCUCCUCCUGAUCCGAUUCUUGGAGUUUCUGAAGCAUUUAGAGCAGAUACGAGCGAUGUUAAGCUCAAUCUUGGAGUUGGAGCGUAUCGAACGGAAGAACUACAGCCGUAUGUGCUUAAUGUUGUGAAAAAGGCAGAGAAUCUUAUGCUGGAGAGAGGGGAAAACAAAGAGUAUCUCCCUAUUGAAGGUUUGGCUGCAUUUAACAAGGCAACUGCAGAAUUGUUACUCGGAGCAGACAAUCCAGCAAUCAAACAACAAAGAGUUGCCACUGUCCAAGGUCUUUCCGGAACUGGUUCUCUGCGACUUGGUGCAGCUUUCAUAGAACGAUACUUCCCCGAGGCAAAAGUUUUGAUAUCAAAUCCUACGUGGGGUAAUCACAAGAAUAUUUUCAACGACGCCAGAGUACCAUGGUCUGAGUACCGAUACUAUGAUCCCAAGACAGUUGGAUUGGAUUUUGAGGGCAUGAUAGAAGAUAUCAAGUCAGCUCCCGAAGGAACUUUUGUGUUACUUCAUGGAUGUGCUCAUAACCCUACUGGUAUUGAUCCAACACCAGAACAGUGGGAAAAAAUAGCUGAUGUGAUUCAACAAAAGAACCACUUUCCCUUUUUUGAUGUUGCUUAUCAGGGGUUUGCUAGUGGAAGCCUUGAUGAAGAUGCAGCAUCUGUGAGAUUGUUUGUGUCACGUGGCAUGGAGGUUUUUGUAGCUCAGUCAUACAGUAAAAAUCUCGGUCUUUAUGCCGAAAGGGUUGGAGCUAUCAAUGUCAUUUCCUCAUCACCAGAAUCUGCAGUAAGGGUGAAGAGCCAAUUGAAAAGGCUUGCUCGACCAAUGUACUCCAAUCCACCUGUUCACGGGGCUAGAAUUGUUGCUAAUAUUGUUGGGGAUCCAACUCUCUUCGGUGAAUGGAAGGCAGAAAUGGAAAUGAUGGCUGGAAGGAUAAAAACUGUUCGACAGAAGCUAUAUGAUAGUAUUUCUUCAAAAGACAAAAGUGGAAAGGAUUGGUCGUUCAUACUUAAGCAGAUAGGCAUGUUCUCAUUCACAGGCUUGAACAAGAACCAGAGUGACAAUAUGACAAAUAAGUGGCAUAUAUACAUGACAAAGGAUGGAAGGAUUUCCCUGGCAGGAUUGUCGCUGGCCAAAUGUGAAUACCUUGCAGAUGCUAUUAUCGAUUCUUAUCAUAAUGUCAGCUGA